AUGACAUCCUUACAGAUUCACUCCUUUGCUUGUCUUAUAGACCAGCUUCCUGCAGCUGUGGAGGACUCAGAUAGGCUCGAUAGAGCAAUAAGCAGCAAGAUUGCUUCUCUGCAAGCAGCAACAGAGACAGCUGCAGCAGCAGACACAGCAGCAGGAACAGCAGCAGCAGCUGCUGCAGCUGCUGCUGCUGCUGCUGCUGCAGGUACACCCCAUACGAAGCAUCUCUAUUCCACUGCACAUUCUGCUGCUCCUUUCACUAUUAAUGCUUCUUCCUUUUUAAACCCCUCAAGCCAAACAGAAAUUGCUGCUGCAGCAGACUGUGCAGCAACACGCCCUGCUGCUGCUUCUGCUGCUGCUGCUGCUGUCGGCCCCCACGGAUUCUCCCUCCUGACACAGCAGCAGCAGCAGCAGCAGCAGGGUAUGUUGUGUGAGGAGGGGUGUUUAGCACUGUAUGAAGGCGCAGCAGCAGACGACCAUCCAAUGCAUAUUGCAGCAGCAGCAGCAGCAGCAGCAGCGCCUGGUAGCUCAGGCCUUCAGCAGCAAACAGGGUUUUUCUCUUCGUCUUCUUCUUUGUCUUAUUCAAAUGAAGGUAUGCACGCAUUCAUGCAGUAUGCAGCAGAUGACUCUGCUGCUGCUGCUGCUGCUGGGAAUGCGACGGAAGCGCCUCCAACUGCAGCAGCAGCAGCAGCAGCAGAUGGUGCAGCAGCAGCAACAGGAUCUGCUGAUGAACUGCACAACGCGCAGAUGAGCCAAAGUGCUGCUGCUGCUGCUGCUGCUUCUUCCCGGGGCAUGCGCUUAAAUGCUGCUGCUGCAGACGGCAGCAGCAGCAGCAGCAGCAGCAGCAACGGCAGCAGCAGCGGUUCGGGUUGGUGCAGCUGGGGGAGCUUUAGCGACAGCCCCGCUACACUGCAUGCAUCACCACCAACAGCAGCAGCAACAGCAGCAGCAGCAGCAGCAGGAAAGACUGCUGUGCAGCUGAGCCCUGCAUCUUUAAAUGUUUCUCCAGGUGUAUGUACACCUGGUGAUGUGCUCCUCGAUAACAAUCAAAU